AUGUUUAGUGGGGCGGGGUCGGCCAUUGCAUCAUGUCAGUGGUGUGCAUUCUCAGUCCUCCGAGCGACCCUGUUGGCCUUCUGCACGCUAAACGCGGUGUGUGCGUUUUUAUUUGCGUGGAUGAUGGAUUCAACAGCGUUAGUCGUCUUCCGCGUUCCGGCGGUGGAGCGUGGCUGGGACUUGCGCAUCAAGGCGAAGGCUUGUCGCCGUGCUGGGCUGUUUUUUUUAGUGUUCCUCCUUCUUGUUUUUUUUGCGCCGUUUUGGAGUCUGUUGCGUGGUAAAUGUCAUGCAAUUUUCUGCAGAGUUCGGUUUCACGCUCACCAGAAUUGUCGCAAGGUCGUGCCGCGUGAACAGCGGCGACUUCUCCUGUUCAAACAAAGUGAUUCCGAAGGAGAGGAAUUGCCGGAAUGCUAG